UUAGAAUUAGUUUUUUAUUUAUUUAGGUUUUCUAAUUUUCAAUUAUCCACUACAUAUUGUUUGAUCGUUUACGAAUCCAGUUUUCAGCCCGAUAUUUGUAAAAAGAAAUCUUUUUACCCGGUGUCAGCAUAAAUCGGUUGGUCUCGCAAAUCAACGUCGUAUGAUGUACCGGCGAGGCAAUUUCCCCGUUUCGUAUGUAUAAUGUAUCAAUCAGUCUGUUCUCAACCACUUUCUGAUGCUUGAGAUAUAAAAGACCGGAACAAAUCAGAAAUGAGUAGCGGCAAGGUGAGGUGGAAUGAAGCGAAUCUGUGUGAAAUUGAAGCAAACAAACCUGUGAGGCAGAAAAUAGCAGAACCAAAGACUCCAUAUCACCAAAUGAUUGAUGAUGAUGGAUCAUUGUCUCCUACUUGUAGUUUUGAAGAAGGUACUGCCAAUUCUGUGCAUGGAGAUGAAAAAGGUUCUGCGUUGAGUGAUGUGGCAUCUUCCAGAAGAUAUAAUUCUCAUCGGUCUGGAUGGACAUCUUCUGAAGAUGAGGCAGACGCCAUGGAUGAAGAUGGUUCCAGUUCAGAAAAGAGGGAUAGCUUUGGGGAACAUCGUCGAGCUCACUAUGAUGAAUUUCGGAAGGUGAAAGAACUCAGGCAAAAGGGUUCUUUACAUGAACAAGAAUCUGAUGAGGAUGAAAAUUGCCAGCUCAAGAACAGGAAAUGCGAUGUGUCUUCCUCCGUAAAAGAAUCAAAUAUUGCAGGUUGCAAAGAUAUGCCACCAACUUAGCAGUCUAGUGAAGAGUAAUGCAUAUCGUUCUUAAUUAUCUUCAAUUUCCCCCCCGCUGUCAUUUUACUUUCUAAUUAUUCUGGCACAAGGAAUGCAAUUGAUUUGAGUAA